AUGUCGUCCGAGGAUGAGUUUGGCGACGACCUCGCGUGGGACGACGCAACCCUCGAGGAGCUCGCGUCGCUCGACACGCGCACGCCGGCUCAGCAGCGCGCCCAGCCUCCCCCGCCCAACCCUCCUCCUCAGCAUCGACGCGCUCCCGUCCUCCCCCCGCAUCUCGCGCCGCCGGGCCCGUCGCAGCUCGCGCCAGGCGGCACGCAGGGCGGCGCAAGCUUCCCAGGCGGCACCCAGCAGCAGCAGUACCUCGGCCCGGCCCCAAAGACGGGCAUCCUGCGCCCGCCGAAACCACCUCCGCGCUCGACCCAGGCCGCCGCCGCCUCACCAGCACCUCCUCCCGUUCGCACCGCCGCACCAGCGCUCGCAGCUCCACCCGCACCUGCGCCUGUGCCGAAGCGCCACCCGCGCCAGUCGCUCAACGCCGCCGGCGAGCCCGGCUUCGUCGACCCCAAUCCGUUCGCCGGCCGUCCUGCCGCCGCACCUCCUCCUGUCGCCGCGCCCGCCGCCGCUCGAGCACGCUCUCGCACGCCAGCGGCCGUCAAGGCCGAGCCUGAGGCGGCGCGCGGCCGGGAGCUCGGGCCGGGCCACGGGCGCGAGGCGGCCAGCCGGGACGAGGGGGACGAGGACCUCCCCGCUAUCGCGUUCGACGAGCACGGCGGCGGCGGGUACAAGGCCGAGCCGCAGCGUGGGACGACGGUCGCCGCGCCUGGCGUGCGGGGUGGAGCGAGGGCAGGCGCGCCGGCGCCGGCGCACGCGCACGCGCACUCGGCCGUCGUCGCGCAGCAAGGCGGCGCGCCUGUCUCGCCGGGGCCGGCGGUCGCGGCGCAGGACGCAGAACGGCGAGAGCUCGAGCGCUUGAGGGCCGAGAAGGACCAGCUCGCUCAACAGCUCGCGCUCGCCAAGAAGAUGCAGCAAGACCUUGAGCGGCAGGUCAUGACCAAGACGGGCGAGAACUCGGUCGUUCGUCAACGGCUGAGCAAGGCCGAGACCCUCCACCAAGUCGCCCUCAAGGCCGAGCAGCGCGACAAGGCCCUCCUCCAGGAGCAACUCGAGCAACGCGAGCGCGAGUACCGCACUCAGCUCGAGCGCUUCAAGAUGGAGGACGCCUUUCGCCGUCAAGAGCUCGCCACGGCCGGCAUCUCGGGCCCGGGCAGCGCGUCGAGCCAGCGCAUGUACGGCGCGUCGUCAUCGGCGCACCCGAACCACCCGGGCCUCAGCUCGGCACGCAGCGCGAGGUUUUACAGCCGCGCCGCCAGCGCCGCGCCGUCGCCGGGUCCUGCAGCGGGCCCUGCGCCGAGCCCGAGUGUCGACCGGGCGGGCGGCGGGUCGGCGAGGCGCCGCUCGGCGCGCACGGCGAGCGCCGCUCCCGCACCAGCGCCCGCGCCCGCGCCGUCGUUCGCCGGCUUUCAAAGCGCGUUCGGGCCGUCGACAACGACGUCGAAAGGCGCGGCGGGUGGCGCGAAGCCGAAGGAGAAGGCGGGAGGAGCGGCAGAGCGGCAGGAAGGAGACAAGGAGGAGCGCGAGGGGUCGAUGGGCCCGCCGAGGAAACGCGCGCCGCGUACGCCUGGCGGGCCGCUCGAGUCGAAGCGCAGGAGGGGCGAAGACACGACGGGCAAGGGCAAGGGGCGCCUCAUGCUCGUCGAGGAGGACGCGUUCGGCGGCGAGGCGGACGAGACGGACCUCGGCGGGUACGAGCACGGCGAGGCGCUCGUGCCCAACGGCGAGGCCGAGAUGGGUGACGACGAGGACGGCGAGGCGUGGGCGUGGGUGCCCGAGCAUCGAGACGCUCGCGGCGAGCUCCUCGCCGCCGUCUUCUCGCACACGACGCUCGCGCCCCUCGACCUCGAGCCCGCCGUCAUCCCUCCUUCGGCGCACCCGCACGCGCACGCCUACUCGAUGCGGCGCGCGACGGCGACCGGCGCAACGGCCACGGCCACGGCGACGAGCAGCUCGCGCUUCGGCACCUCGGCGCGCUCGACCGCGUCGACCUACGGCGGGCGCUACCCGUCGACCCACGCGCCGACCUCCGCCACCUCGUCGGCGCCAUCGGGCCCUGUCCCGACCUUUCACGCCCUGAUGAACCUGCGCUUCCCCUCGACGACCCCUCCUCCCCUCGUCGCCGAAUACGAGAUCCUCACGCGCGAGCUCUUCGCCCUCCUCGGCCGCCGCCUCGACCCGCACGGGCACCCGUCGUCGUCACAGUCGCACUCGACGGGCCCGACAACGGCCGCCCAGUUCGCCCUCCUUCCGCCGCACCUCGCGCUCAGCACCCGGCCCGAGGACCUUGAGACGGCGCUCCUCGCCUCGGACCUCACUCGCGCCCUCACCAAGCUCCUCGGCGUCCUCGAGCGCGCGACGCUCGUCGGGCCCAUGACGGCGCUCCUGCGCCUCCUGUCGCACCUCGUCUUCCUGUUCCCGCAUGUCGCGCACUCGUGCUGCGCCGCCGCCACCGCCGUCGCCCCGCCCGAUGCCGCCGCCGCCACGACGACGGCCCCGAGCCCAAGCUCGAAGGGCGAGCCGCUCGUCCAGCUGCUCGCGCGCAUCGUCGCACGGUACGCUCGCCCCGAGACGGCGACCAAGGAGCACGCCGGCGGGGCGGCCGCCGCUGCUGCGGCGCUCCUCGCCCGAGGCGGUGGCGGCGGCGUCAUGCUGCGCUCGCGCAAGGCGCGCAUCGCGAGGCCGAGUGCGGCGGGUUCGGCGGGCGCCGGUGGGGGCAAACGGCGCGGCGGGCGGGACGGUGCAGAGGGGGAAAAGGAGGGCGAGGCGCUCGUGCCGCUCGAGGCGGGCAAGCGGGCACGGCUGGUCGAGGGUGUGCUCGGCGUGCUCGAGGGCGUUGCGUGGCGGUGUCUCGCGUCGAGGAAGGCGGACGAGGCGAACGGGGAGGGCGACGGCGGAAGGGCGGCCGAAGAAGCCUUCAUGGCGUUCCUCAAGACGGCCAACGCGGUCGCGACGCUGCUCGACCCGAGCCAGUCGGUUGGCGUCCUCCUCAGCGGCGCUCGUCUACUCGCCCUUCUCGCCUGUCGCCCGGCGCUGUUCCGCACGCUCCUCGCCCUCAAGUUCUACGAGUCGCCCGACAUCCGCGCGAGCAAGCUCCCGCUCGUCGACCGCCUCGCGACGCUUCUCGUCAUGCCUCGAGCCGAGGCUCCCGCUGCGCACACGCUCGACCUCACCCUCCUCAGCCUCGCCUCGCUCCUCCUCACGGCGCACGAAGACGCCGUCAUGCUCGUCGCGCAGGCGGCGAGCUUCGUCCCCGAGCUGCUCGCCAAGAUGUGGCGGGACGUGCGCACGCUGUGGGAGUGGGACGGGCGCGAGGCGACCAAGGGCAGCGCCGCGCGAGACAUGCUCAACCGGACGACCACUCGGCUUUCGGCGACGAUGCACCUCCUGUACUACCUCUCGCUCGCGCCGCACUCGUCCCUCUCGAUCUCGGACCUCCUCGCCGGCCCGACCUCGGCGUCGGCGACCGCCGCAGGCGCAGGCGCAGCCGGAUCCGCCAAGGACCACGCCGCCGGCCCGGCACCGGCCUACGCUCGCCAAGCGGUCAACGAUCUCUUCAUGGUCGCGCUCGGCACGGUCGGCUUUGCGACGUUCGGCGCCGAGGAGGGCUCGGCGCAGGGCGAGGACAAGGACGGCGAGGGCGAGGGAGGGAUGCCGAGCUGGGCCGAGGAGGGGAGCGAGCAGCGGCGAGUCCUCUGCGAACUUGGCUACCUCGCGCAGGAGAUCCUCGAGGACGUGUCGCCUCUCGAGCUCGAAGAGAUCGAGGUGUGCUUCGCUCCGCCGGGCGACGGCGAUGGAGAUGACGGUGACGAGCGCAUGGCCGACGGCGAGGACGAUGGCGAGGACGAGCGGCAGUUGGCGGGCGUCGAGGCCGGGUCGACCGCUACCCGCCAACGCGCACCCCGGCACGCGUGGUCGCCACCCGCCUUUGUCCUCAUCACCUCCCGCAUGACCUCGACCGUCCAGCUCGUCACCGCCACCACCAGGGCUCGCGCGACCCACCCCGACUUGUUCUUCACGUUUCCCUGGCCCUCUCUAUUGUUCCCGAACCGCUCGUGGUCGACUCGGCACGUCGUCAAGCCUCGUCCGCCGCGCUCGUUCUCUAUACGGUCACGACACUCGGCUCGUCUUCGUCACGCGGCUUUACCGUGCACGGCGAUGUUCGAGUUCGUCUACAAGGUCGAGAAGGAGAUCGAGAAGGAGGCCGAGAAGCCAUAG